ACUUUAUUUUGCUCAUGUUGAACUUUCCCUCCUAAUUUGAACUUCAGUCUUUCUCAGUGAGCAGCCGUGAACUCGAUUUUCCUCUGAAUCCACUCUGAAUCCCUUUCAUUGAUAUACUUUUUUUAGGAACACUUUAUCCUCCUUUUUUUCUCUUUCAUUUAUACCUUUAUAACUUUAUACUUUAUAUGGCAGAACACAUUUUCAUCACAGAAAAGAUAAGUCGAGCUGAGAUGGCCUAUGAAAGAUGUCCUACUCUGUUCCUCGCCCUCCUGCUCUGCUUGUCCCCAUGGCCUGCCUCUGGAGGUCCAGAAACAUUUCAUCUAACCAAUAAUGGUGAAACUUGCGUUGAUGAAUGUCAGUAUUAUGAGGCUAAGGCAUACUACUGGUGCAAAACUGCUAUCGGCUGGGGUUACUGCUCUCCUCAGCAAGACGAGACCUACAAAGGUGUAAAUUGUCGGUCAGAUCAUAAAUGUGGACAUUAUGGCUAUGCGUAUAGCUGGUGCUACACAACAAACAACGGAGACUAUGACUACUGUGGACUUGUGGUUCCUAGAAUAUGUCAAGAAGAAGUCGCUCAGCUAACCUAUAGCUUGGAAAACUGCAUUGAUAACUGCACGUAUUCCAAUAACUACUUCUGGUGCCAUACUAAAAACAGCUGGGGCUACUGCUCUCCUAGUCAUGACCUCACCUACACGGGCACACCUUGUCGGUCAGGUCAUGAAUGUGGGAGCCAUGGCUAUAGCUAUAGCUGGUGCUACACAACAGACAACAAUGACUAUGACUACUGUGGACAAAUUCUAUCCCUCCGGACAUGUCAUGAUGUUUCUCGCUUCAAACGAGCAACAGACAUGAGGGAAAACUGCAUUAUAGAGGGAAGCGAUUACACAGUAGAGCCAACGGAUAAAAUAAUGAAACCCACUAAUAAUUCGUAUAAUGACGCAUUGAAUUUAAUCGAAGAAUGCAAUGACUUUGCUUUGGGUUGCCAGGGAAGAUCUAAUUUGCGGAGAUCAAAGUCUCUUCGCAUUGACAACCAGGGGAUGACAUCUGACGGAUAUAUCAACCUGCAAAUCCAGCAUAAUGUCCAACGAAGCUCAGAUCGGAGCACCACACUGGCUCAGAUCCUAGUUCCCAUUGAUACCUCAGUCUUGGAGAUACGCUCUGCCUUUAGAGUGAGCUUAGAUCGUAGGGCAAAGGUCCAAAAGAUAACGAAAAUUUCCAAAGCAUCAGCAUAAUUUGCCCUUGCCUAGUACAUUUCCAGGACAAGCUGCCCACCUAUCACCAUCUUUGAAAGUACAAUGCUGCCACCUUUUGUGGAUGAGAACCCUAGUAGUGGGAAAUCUGGCUCGUCUGGCAUAGCGGUUAAUCUAUCUCAGCGCAAAUACCACUAAUUGGGAAAAGAUCCGGUGGUCGUAUCCGGUCAAAAUAUGCGGUAUCCGCAAGGCCACAAAGCAAUUAAAAGCAGAGCAACGAGUUCCAACAACUGCAGUCGCCAUAAUUUCUCCCUCCAUGAUGCUUGUAUGUGACACCCUACAAUAACCUGCCAAAAUAUGCGUGAAUGCUGAUUCUAAUGUGAAUCAAUGUACAACCAUGUUAUUCUGAAUCCAGAAACACAAAAAGCAUAAAUACAGCUCAUCUUCAUGCAGAACUAAUGCUUUGCUGUUAAACUUAAUUAAACUGAACAGGCUUCUGUAACUUGCCUUAUGUUAUCCUAAUAUGUGUUGAUCCUUGUAUGUUAUUUGCUGUAAUUAUCGGCGAUCGCACACUGUAUCAGUGCGGUGUCACUAUGUAAUAAAAUCCACAUGUAAUCCAAUGUGACCUCAUGUAUCACAAACUGAAAUGUAUUCAUAUCCAACAUGGAGGGACUUCUUUCUCUCUCUGGCCAAGAGCUCUUUUUGCUGUCCUUGCUUAUUUUCCCCUGGGGCGCCCGCUGUCUACAACUUACUACCUACUCUGCUAUCCUGCUCCAUCUGGACUCACCACUAUGAACACUGUGCGUGGGAGGCUACCCGUGUGCCAACCUCUCUGGCGUUGAAGCGCGUAAUUCGAUUUUGGGCCAUCAGAUUAUAAUCUCUGUUUUAUCUUCCUUUAUCUUAUUUUAUGUAAUUUUUGUAUCAAUGUUACACCACUUUAUUGGAGCCAUUUUUAUAAUACUCUUUUGAAUUGAAAAGUAAAAGAAAACCAAAGAAAAAGUGAAA